AUGAAAGUUUUAAUAAUUGGACCACCAGGCUGUGGCAAGGGCACACAAAGCGCAAAGGUAUCUGCUGAUUAUCAUCUAAGGCAUAUAAGCACUGGCGAUAUGUUGCGCAGUAUUGCUAAAGAGGGCGGCGAACUCGCCGAGAGGAUAAAGCCGUACAUGGGCACGGGCUGCCUGGUUCCUGAUGAUCUGAUUAUCGAGAUGAUGCACUCGAAGUUGCCUGGUAGUUACAUUUUGGAUGGGUAUCCCAGAACUAUGAAGCAGGCAAAGUCUAUGGAGGAGGUGAAUGUUGCGGUGUUUCUCUCGCUCGAUGAGGAGGAAUGCGUGAGAAGAAUCGUGGGAAGAAACCAAGGGCGGUCGGAUGAUAACAGAGAGACUGCGGCGAUGAGGUACAAGGUGUAUAUGAAGGAUACGUUGCCUGUGGUCAAGCAUUUGAAGGAAAGGAAGGUUUUAACGGAGAUUGCCGGGAACAGAGGUAUUGAAGAGGUUUAUGGAGAUAUAAAAAAGGUUUUAGAUGGUCUUGGAAAUAAAAGGAGGUAAUUUGAUGUUCAA